GCUGCGCAGUGAGCUACUGCGCUCACAGCUGUAACUACACAUUGACCCCAGAGAGAGAGAUGCGGAGGUGAGAUAACUAUUUUCAUGACCGCAACGCCGCAAAGGACAGAUUGAAUCUUUGGAAAAAUCAGCCCUCAUUCAGAAAUGGAGAUGCCGCUAAAGAUCGGCAAGUAGACGUAAGGCUUCUUGUCACCUCCGCUGCUGCCAGUGUGAAGAUAAAUUCCAGCCAUUUUCACCAACACUGACAGCAAGCUUAGCACAGCUGUCCACUCCCUGCCACUCCUCCUCUAAACCUGUUCUUGUGUACACCUCACUGCCUCAAGUCUUCAGUAUGUAUCAGAUUGUCCCGGUGGCUCCUGGGGAGCAGCAGAUGGCAGGGGGAGCUGGAGGCUCCCCGCUAAAAAAGAAACUGGCUCACGAAGGCCGACCCCUGGUUAUGGCAGGGAUGUUGGGCUGUGUGUUGGUGCUGGCUGCUGUGGUUGCGUGGUGCUACUACUCAGCGUCUCUCCGUAAAGCCCAGCUGCUGAAGACUGAGUCGUUAGACCUUGACAAGGAUGGUUUUAUUAUUCGUAACCAGGCAGGGGCUGUCAUCUUCAAUAUGACCUUCAGGUCUGGCACUCUGGAUCUGGACUCCUGCUCAAAGGAGGGAAGUAUACUGAGCUGCACUCAGUCAGAUUCUGGCAAGCUCAACUUCUUCAUCCAGACAGUUCGACCCAAGGACACGGUGAUGUGUUACCGUGUCCGCUGGGAGGAGCUACAAAAUAAGCGCUUGGUGGAGCAUGCCAUGGCCUAUAAUGACUCUCAUUGGUAUGGAGGGGCAGAGACAGCAACACAGUACUGGCCUAUCAGGAUCCAGGGCGAGGAGGAACCACGGCCUUUCAUCACCAGUGAUGUUUACUCUGAUCGGAAUGCUUUUGGGGGAAUCCUAGAACGCUAUUGGCUGUCAUCGAAUGCAACUGCGAUCAAGAUUAAUGACUCUGUGCCAUUUCAUUUGGGCUGGUCAGAGAAGGACAGGACACUCAGGUUCGAGGCCCGGUACCAGGACUCUCCUUUCAGACCGCCAGAGGGACAGCAGGCCUUACCUGAACUCAGCUAUAGAGUGUGUGUGGGGUCAGAUGUUACAUCUAUUCACAAAUACAUGGUUCGUCGAUAUUUCCCAAAGCCUAUCAAGGUCCCAUCUACUGAAGUCUUCAAACAUCCAGUGUGGUCCACGUGGGCUCUUCACAAAACAUCUGUAACUCAGGAGAAGCUGCUACGCUAUGCCUCUGACAUCACCAAGCAUGGCUUUACAUGCUCCCAUCUGGAGCUGGACGACCGCUACACUGCUGACUAUGGCGAGUUUGACUUUGACCCGCAGAAGUUCCCCAAUGCCACCGGUAUGUUUGACAAGCUCAGAGAGGACGGGUUUCAGGUGUCGCUCUGGACACAUCCUUUCAUCAACUAUGACUCCAUUAAUUUUGGUGUCGCCGUGGAGAAAGGGCUGUUUGUCCGGCAGCCAAGUGGUGAGCUCCCAGCUCUGGUUCGCUGGUGGAACGGCAUUGGAGGAAUCUUGGACUUCACCAACCCAGAGGCCCGUGAGUGGUACUCUUCCCACCUGCGCAUGCUCAAAACCCGCUAUGAUGUGACCUCCUUCAAGUUCGAUGCAGGAGAGACGAGCUACCUCCCCCAGCAGUUUAGCACUCUGGUCCCGCUCUCUGACCCCUCCACCUUCACCCGCCGCUACACAGAGAUGGCCAUACCGUUCAGUGAGCGUGCUGAGCUGAGGGUUGGGUACCAGAGUCAGAACAUCUCCUGCUUCUUCAGGAUCAUUGACAGAGACUCUGUGUGGGGCUACGAGCUCGGCCUCAAGUCCAUCAUUCCAACUGUUCUGACGAUUAGCAUUCUGGGCUACCAGUUUGUCUUACCUGAUAUGAUAGGAGGAAAUGCAUACCCCAACCGCACCACAGGUGGUUUGGAUGGCAAAAAUGGUCUGCCAGACAGAGAACUGUACAUACGAUGGCUGGAGCUGUCAGCAUUUCUGCCUGCCAUGCAAUUUUCUAUACCACCCUGGGCCUAUGACAAUGAGGUGGUACAAAUAGCACAGAAGUUCACAGAGCUUCAUGAGACUCUGGUGGCUCCAAGGGUUCUCGAGCUGGCAGGCGAGGUUCUUGAUACAGGAGACCCAAUCAUAAGGCCCCUUUGGUGGAUCGCCAAUGAUGACGAGGCAGCCUAUAAGAUCGACUCACAGUUCCUGAUCGGGGAUGACCUGAUGGUGGCUCCGGUGUUGGAGCCAGGAAAGCAAGAGAGGGACAUCUACCUGCCUGCAGGACGAUGGAGAAGCUACAAGGGGGAACAUUUUGAUAAAGGCCCCAUUUACCUCACUGACUAUCCAGUGGACUUGGAUGAGGUAGCUUUCUUUACAUGGGUUCACUGAAGACAGUUAAGACACGUAAAUCACACACAGGUAGGGGUGUAACGAUUCAAUCAACUCAUGAUUCCAUUUGAUACUCGAUACGAAGCUCACGAUUUGAUACACUCAUGAUACAUCCAAGGAUAUAUUUAAUGAAGAAAGAAUGAAAACAAAGAGCUUAAGAGUUCUUAUUUAUUCUUUCUUAGUGUAAAUUAGCAAAAAAAAAACCUCUUAUCUCUAAUCUAUCUCUAAUCUCUUGUUGCCACAAGAGUUUACAGUGUUUUCCUUUUUUUUAAACUAAAUUCUAGUUAAAAUGUUAAAAUAAAAACUUUGUUGCAGUUAAUCUGCCAACUACAGCGCAAAAGAAAGGAUUCCAAUACUAUAAUAUAAUAUAUAAUAUACUAAUAUAAGGCAAUAUUUUUUUCUCCUGAAAUUUAGGUUUAAAAAUGGGGGUUGUCUUAUGUUUUAGGAUUAAACAAUCAAAUUUUCAUUCAUUACAACAGAUUUUUUUUGAGUGGAGCAAGUCCCAGUGUAACUAUGGUCUUUUAGAGUGUAGCAUUGAGGGUUGUUUGUAGCCUUAUUAUGUUGCUAGUUGUCAGUUCGUGUAUAGAGAGUUUUUCGAGAGUUAAUCCGCCUUUAAAGUGUUCGGUUAGUUCAGUUUAAGCUACAAGAGUGUGAUCACUCACAGAAGUGUAAAGCGUUACUUCAGGACACAGCGCUCACUUCAUCAGUCACAUCGUGAUAAAUUUUUUUCAGUGUUGCGAUGUGUGUCGUCAUGUUUUCUGAAUCGCAUUGCAUCGUGCCACGGUGCAUCGUUACACCCCUACACGCACACACACAUACUGGAUUCACAUGUACAUUCUGGUGAGCACACAUGCUAAGAAAGAGCAGGAGAUGUUUGUUUUUUAAAGGGAAAUGACCACUAGGGAUCUGUUGUCGCAGCAGUUAUUUUGGUAAAGAUUAACCUCAUGUCCUCUGGCCUGCUCUUUAUCUGGACUUCUGCCUGCAGAUUAUAACCAUCCGCAACCAACCACAACAACCAUCCUUGUUCCAUUCUUAAGCUGAUCCUCAUCCUUGUGUGCCUUCCACAGCCAAUAGUAAAACCGAUCUCAGAUUGUAUCACCACCGCAGUCUUCCACCUAAUGGACAUCUAGAGUACAAAAAGCCCAAGUCCUAUAGCUAGGCUGAUGUUGGUUUUAGGGUGAGAGUUGGUUUUAUUUCCCUUGGUGUGAAAUUUGUUUCAGGGCAGAUGAAGUAAGUGGGUGAUAAGGUAACUGAUACUGUCUUUAUUGUGGUUUGACAGGGUUGGGCACUGAACCGGCAAUAAAUAUGCACUCUCUGACAAAUGCACCCCUGCUCAGAGGGUAUGCCUAACCUCAUGUUGCCAUAACAACUGCUGUAUUGUGAUUUCUAAGUUCUCAACUAUUUGUUUAAGCUAACAUGCAUUAAUUUGCAUUAAUGCAGAUUAUUAAUGCUAACUAUUAAUUUGUAUUAAGCAACCCUGCCAACAACAUGUAACUUCAUUUGUUUGUCUCUUGCUUUUUAUAUUUAUUUGGUUUUUGCAACUCUAUUUAUUUGCUUCCUUUUGAUUUGUGGAUAGUAUUUUAGUGUAUGUGAUUCUGGGUUUAAAUUAGUGGGUAUUUAUCACGAUCAACAGACUGCAAAUAUUUUUAUGUCAAUAUUCCCUGACCUGUAGUGCCAUUCUGUCAUUUCAGUGCCAAAAAUCUACUGUUUAGUGCUUUUUCAUCUAAAUCCACAGCUCAGGGUAGAUUUAAAACAAAGCAUUUGUUACGUUGGAAUGAAUUUUGUUGAUCCACAGAAAGAAACAGAUUUAUUAUUCUAAUGCUACUGGUUUGCCUUGUAAAACAAGUAUUGUUGUCCAAGAUGCCAUAUUUUAAUGUGCCGUCCAUGUCUGCCAUGCGACCUUUAAUUUGCCUUAUCAGCUGAACUAAGGUAUGCCAGCCUUAGUACAGAGAACCAGUGGGGUAAUAAAACACCCACUUUGGCACACAGUGAUAUGCUUGAUGCACUGCACCUUUAUGUUUUCAAGGACUAACACUGCAAAGUACAUGGGGAGUUUUAUUCUAAAAUGAGAUAUCUGCCAUCUGAAUAUACUGUAUGUCUCUCUGCUCUUACACAGUGAUUGCUGGCAUGAGAGUAAAGCACACUACUGGUUAAGUCAUCUAAAUGCCUUGCUUGAAAAUAAUUAAACUAAAUAGGAUAGAGUCAGCACUGUUUUUAAAAUGUUUAAGUUAACAUAUAGUUGUUGGGAUAUUAGAGCACCUUUCAUAUUCUGAUCAUUUUUGUUAGUGAUAGAGUUUUUCUGUAAAUUAGUAGUCUUUUUGUUGCUUUCUUCCACCAAAAGAUGGAGCCAAAGUCAAAUUUUCAAAUCUUACACGCAGCAACAUUUAUAAAAACAAAUGCUCAAUUUGUAAUAGUAUUACUUGUGCUUGUGGCAGGCAUGUAGAGAGGCUAGAUGAACUACUGUAAGACAAAACCACCGUGUUUUCAUACAUACUUACAUUUUAUAAUUUGUACAUAGAUAAAAUGCAAAAUGUGAAAGGACAGAUAUGCACCAAUAGACAUAAUUUAAAGGGAUUUAAAAGGGUAUUUUGUCAAAACACUGAAUAAAUGUGUUGACCCAUAUUGUAAAGCUGGAGACUUCUGUGAAAUCCAUCCAGAUAUUUCCACUGUGAUACAACAGUAUCAAGAGUCUGAAAUGUUAAAGGAGAAGUGUUUGCUGCUGUGAAUGAAUACUUGCAACAUUAUGAAGGCAGAUGCCAAAGAAAAAAAUUAUGGUUGUUGCGUUUUCUUUUGUGGUGGAUUAUUUUCAUAUUCAUAUUGAGUUUUACUUGCUGUCAAAUAAUAUACAAGUUAGAUGUGAUGUGAGGCACCACAAACCUCACAUGUAGUGAUGUCUUAGCAAAUUCAGAGAAUUACCAAACAGAGACCUAGUGUCAUUCAGUCCAAGUAGGUUUAUUUGCACUACAUUCAACAACUCAGUCCCCUAAUUAGUUGCACCAAAUGUGUUUUCACUAUAGCCAUGACGUCAACAUGUGACAGCUGCACAAGACAGCGCUUGGUUAGUUUUUACAUGUUUGCAUAGCAUGUGAUCUGUCCUAGGAACAGCUUGUACGGGAACACAUCUUUCUUGGGCCAGUCCUGUCCCAUCUUACCUCAGCCUAGACAGCUCACUAUGCUUUCGGCGCUGGUCAUUUGUUUUGCUGUCUACAAACCCCAACGUAGGACAGGCCACUUUAACAAGAUGCACCUGUGUCCUGUUUCCCCAUGCAGGGCUUUCUCAGGCUAGCCCCCAGCUAGGGACAGUUUUUUCAAAGUUUGGUCCGUAAAUAGUGUUAAACAGAUUACACACAUAAGCAAUUGGCAUGCACACAUAACAUAUGAUUCCUCUACUUCUAAGUUCAUUCAUUUCCCUCCUCCACACUGGUAUUGUUCCUAAUUCCUGCUGCAUGCAGACGUUGAAGAGACCUGCUGCUGCAGUUUGAGCUCCAACUUUUUAAAAAAAAACUUACUUUCCCCUGUUUUUGGUGUGUAAAUGAUUGACAGAGAUAAAAAUCUUUGGAAUUGGUACAGUAUUGAACAAGAAUGAUGUACCUGACAACCUGUGAGCAGCUGCUGCAAUGUAAUCCAACGGGCAAUUGUCCAUGUAGAAGUAUGUCUACUAAGUAUGUUUUUGUUUUUGCCACUGACAAGGUGAAAUUAUUAUAAGUGUCUGACAACAUUAUGGAUAGGAUUCCUACAGUGAUAUACCUUUUUAUGAAUGACUAAAAUCUUUUUGUGUACCCAGAAACAUUGAUAUAUAUAUGUAUCACCACCAGACUCCAGUUUGUUGUGUGACUUUCAGUGGUGGAAGUAUUCAGAUCCUUUACAUUAGUAUAAGUACCACACAACAGAAAUAACUGAUUGAGGCAGCAGUGGAUAUAGUGUUAAGUGUUGACUAAAAAAAAACAAAAACAAAAAAAAACAGCAUUCCUUGUAGAAACAAACAACUUCAAAAACUUAGAGAUACUGUCCUUUUUUUUCAGGGGGUCUUUACUGAGAUUUUUUUAAAAAGUGCUUUCAGUACAUGGGCCUUUCUUGUUUCAGUGGUAUCAUUCUGCAGCAAAGAACAAGGGAUCUAUGUAGAGGAAGGCAUAAUGUUAUUGUGGUGUAUAACCAUAAUUAACACCAGACAUACAUUUCAGGAC